UCUGGGUAAAGUCACAGUCCAAGUCUGCCAAGGCCCAUGUGGCUCUGUCCAUAAUACCAGCACCAUGCCCAUGACACUUGGUUACUGGGACAUCCGCAGGCUGGCCCACGCCAUCCGCCUGCUCCUGGAAUACACAGACACAAGCUAUGAAGAGAAGAGAUACACGAUGGGGGACGCUCCUGACUAUGACAGAAGCCAGUGGCUGAAUGAGAAGUUCAAGCUAGGCCUGGACUUCCCCAAUCUGCCCUACUUGAUUGAUGGAGCUCACAAGAUCACCCAGAGCAAUGCCAUCCUGCGCUACAUUGCCCGCAAGCACAACCUGUGUGGGGAGACAGAGGAGGAGAAGAUUCGAGUGGACAUUUUGGAGAACCAGGCUAUGGAUGUCUCCAAUCAGCUAGCCAGAGUCUGCUACAGCCCAGACUUUGAGAAACUGAAGCUAGAGUACUUGGAGCAACUCCCUGGAAUGAUGAAGCUCUUCUCAGAGUUCCUGGGGAAGCAGCCAUGGUUUGUUGGUGACAAGAUCACCUUUGUGGAUUUCCUGGCUUAUGAUAUCCUUGACUUGCACCAUAUAUUUGACCCCAAAUGCUUGGACACAUUUCCAAACCUGAAGGACUUCAUUUCUCGCUUUGAGGGCUUGAAGAAAAUCUCUGCCUACAUGAAGAGCAGCCGCUUUCUCCCAACACCUUUGUAUACAAAGGUGGCCACAUGGGGCAAUAAGUAGAGUUUUGAAAGGAUAGUGAGAAGUCCAUUUUGUCCCUGCCUGGGACUCUGGGAAACAGCUGGACCCCUGCAGCCCUAGCCCAAAACAGAUGAUAGCCAUCCAUGGAGGCAUGGGGCAGGAGCUCAGCAUUCUUAGAUCACAGCCAUACAUAGUCAA